AAUUUUCACUUAUUUUUAAACUCGAAACCCGAACUGAGUUCGCCCUGGUCAUGUGGGUUUCAGAUCAGGUCAGCCAAAAACCAUACACGAGAACCUGGAUAACCAAAUUUCGGUCCGGACCGGGUAAAAACCGGCCCGAAAGAAGAGUCCCAGUCGAGCAUUCAUCCUAAAGGGAAUGCAAAGUUGCAAACAGCAGAGCAUACGAUGGAAAGAGUAGAGAAAAAAGAAUCGUAAAGGAGAUAAUGGAAGAUUUCGAGAAGAAGGUUUCCAUAACAGAAUCGAUGGAGGCCCAAGAUACCGGAGGUUUAUCCGGUUCAUCCAAAAUCGUCCAUCUACUGCGCAGAUUCCUUGCAAUUCAGCAGAGCAGAGCCGAAGCCUACGCCAAGCUCAAAGGUGGGUUUGCCGAGUAUAUGGAUUCAGGAGCGGAAUUAGCUUAUCAGCAACUUUGCAGCGAGAUCACAGUAGAAUUCAGUGAUUGCUCGAAACAAGUCCUUGAAAUCGAAUCACUAUUCCUGAAUCCUGAUUGCUCCCGAGUUGAUCUGGCACAGUUGCUCAGGGAUGUUCAAGCGCAGGAGAAGCAGAAAUUGCAUCUGACAGCUACAAUUCAGGUGUUGAAGAAGGCUGGUCGUCCCUCUGACCGUCCAGUGAGUCAUGACAACUGCAAAUAUAAGAAGCCUAUGGAACAUGAAUGUGUCCAUGUCCACGAGAUAACUGAAGCUUCUGGAACUGAGGAGGCAGAAGCAGAUGCUGAGUAUGAUAAUGCUCUCAAGGAGGCCAUUAGGGGUGUGCAGGAUGCAGUGACUGCCAUAAACGAACGUAUAGAAGAAGUUAGAUACGAAAUUGCAGCCCUCGAAGCUGAGUGACCUUACAUCUUUAUUUAGAAAGUAGCUAAUUAUGAAGGAGAUAAAGCUGUAAGCUUAUAGGAGUAGGGAAGAGCUAAUGAAAAACAUUGUUGCAUAAUUUUCAGAUCAGUGCCAGUUUUAAUGAAUAUGUUUGCUUAGCGAGUGAAAUAAUGUUUGGUAAGAGUGAGCCAAUAAGUAAAACCUCAUCUACCGUGAAUGACGAACACAAAACCAUCAAAACCAUAUCGACUGUCGAAACCCUGAUGCAGACAGACUCUGACCCUUCAGAGUCCACUUCUUGUGCUGCUACCCCUACCUCUCAGACGAGAACAACUCCAUCAGGUGUCUCUAACUACUACAACCGGUGCAUUAUCCUCAUUUUCAUUCAGUCUCGAGUCUCAUUGAUACAUGUUUGUGACAUGGUGAUGGAGACACAGUAGGGGGCCAUGGAUGGAGUAGUUGGCAGAUUGUCUUUUAGGUUUCCAGGAAGUGAAGAAGCCGAAGCAGAUUGAGAAGGGCAGGUUCAACAUAUCAGCCUCCUCUGUUCUUGGACCUGAUUUUGACGGUGGGAUGGCUGACAUGCCUAAUGGCUCUUGGUGAUACAUGCAUGCAUACUAAUCAGGUAUAGCUUGAAUGAACUGAUUAUCUUCUUUUCGUUUACAGUCUCUCUCUUUGGUAAUGAUGUAGAUUCUUUGAAGACAGGAAACAAAAGAUCGGUAGAAAGUUGUCCAGUCUGUGUCUAAACACUACACCAUAACUAUUAAUCGAUCCUCAUAAUUCUACA